AUGUUGCCACGGAUAGCAUUGGCGAGGUUGGUGUGCCGAGCAGGUGCCACUUUUGGCACACCGGCAAGCAGUUACUGCACCUCGACGACGGAUUCGUCCUUUGCGGCGAUCAAACCGAAGAAGAUCAACUACGAGCGAAUCGGAAUCGUUGGUGUGCCGUUUGAUAAAGGACAGCGAAAGAAGGGAGUCGGACUUGGGCCGAAAGCAAUCCGAGACGCAGGCCUGAUUGAUCACAUCCAGGAGAUAUCGCCCAAGCUGAACAUUAAGGAUUAUGGUGACAUUCAGUACGAGGCGCUCAACUUUAACGGACGCAAAGUGGGCAACAUGAAGAAGUUGGAACAUGUGGCCAGUUGCAGCAGGCACUUGUCACACCAGGUAACGGAGGUGCUGGAUGACGAUCGGUUGUGCAUUACGCUCGGAGGAGAUCAUGCGAUCGCGAUCGGUUCCAUCGAUGGGCAUUUGCAUCACAGCAAAGAUGUGGCAGUAAUUUGGGUGGAUGCUCAUGCGGAUUUGAAUACGAACUCAACGUCACCGUCGGGAAACAUCCACGGUAUGCCGGUGGCGCUGCUUGCACGGGAGCUGUGUGAUUAUUGGCCGUACAUUCCGGGCAUGGACUGGCAGGAACCGAUCAUCUCGAUUAAGAAUCUCGCCUACAUUGGGUUACGAUCGGUGGAUCCGUACGAGCGUGCGAUCAUCGAGAAGUUCGGCAUCAACGCGUUCGGCAUGCGUGAGGUGGAGAAGUACGGCAUACGGGAGGUGAUGCGUAUGGCGCUCGAGCGCAUCGACCCGGAAGGUCAGCGGAGUCUGCAUGUGAGCUAUGACAUCGAUUCGUUGGAUGUGUUGGAAGCACCCAGCACGGGUACGAGCGUGCGCGGUGGUUUGACACUUCGGGAGGGUAUCUACAUCAUGGAGGAGGCGUACGGCACGGGACGGUUGGCGGCAGUCGAUCUGGUGGAGGUAAAUCCUGCCAUCGGAACACCGGAAGACGUACGACGAACGGUGGAAGCCGCUGUACACCUGCUGGUAGCUGCCUGCGGCCAUAGCCGCAAGGGUGACAUCGCCGAUACGUUGGAUUUGUUACAAAAGUGA